AUGAAGCUAUGUUUUGUGACUGUGGGGGCCACGGCUUCCUUUCAGAAACUACUCGAACAAAUACUUAGUUCACAAUUCCUCGAGACACUAGCCAAACGUGGCUACACCCAUCUUCUUAUUCAGUAUGGUAAAGAUGGCCAGCAAGUCUUCCAAGACUUCAUCGACAGUGACCAACCCCACCACGGUCUCACCCUUGGGGGGUUCGACUUCCAGCCUAGCAUCGAUGCCCAAAUGAUGAUGACUGUGGAAAGAGAGGCUCUUGAUCAAAAGCGCGGCUUGAUCAUCUGUCACGCUGGAAGUGGGACUGUUCUAGCAGGACUUCGCUUGGGCGUGCCCUUGAUUGUGGUUCCCAAUCCGGAUCUUGCCGACAAUCACCAGCAGGAACUUGCUGAUGAGCUAGAGGAAGGAAACUACGUGAUAAGUAGUUCGGUCAACGAUGUGGGCAAUGCAAUUAGCAGAGCAGAGACUCAGAAAGCUGAGGUAUUAUCUAUGCGAACUGGAAAUACAACUCUUGCGGAAAGCCGAAAGGCCGUCUAUACCCGCGCUUGUCCUUCCCCGACAUCACCUCCCAUCCACACCACAUUCCCCGCAAUGGCUGAGGCAACCCUUCACAACGUGCCAAUUGUCAUCGACAAUGGCAGUGGCACGAUCCGAGCAGGCUUCGCCGGAGAGGAAAUUCCAUCAUGUUAUUUCCCGUCGUUUGUCGGUCGUCCCAAGCACCCACGGGUGAUGGCCGGUGGUCUGGAAGGAGACUCGUUCAUCGGGUCCCGUGCACAAGAACUCCGCGGACUGCUGAAGAUUAGGUAUCCUCUGGAACAUGGCAUUGUCACGAAUUGGGAAGAUAUGGAAUCGAUCUGGCACUACGUCUACGAAAACGAACUCAAGACACUCCCCGAAGAACACCCCGUCCUGCUCACGGAGCCACCGCUGAACCCGCGCGCCAACCGUGAUAUCGCUGCCCAACUCAUGUUCGAGGCUUUCAACGUCCCGGCUUUGUAUAUGUCGAUUCAGGCUGUGUUGUCGCUCUAUGCAUCUGGCCGGACUACGGGUGUCGUCUUGGAUUCUGGUGAUGGUGUCUCCCAUGCAGUGCCUGUCUUCGAGGGUUUCGCUAUUCCGAACAGUAUUCGGAGAAUUGAUGUGGCUGGUCGUGAUGUUACGGAACAGAUGCAGUUGCUGCUGCGGAAGGCUGGACAUGUGCUGCACACUAGCGCCGAGAAGGAGGUGGUGCGGAUGAUUAAAGAGAAGGUCUGCUACGUGUCGCUGGAUCCUAAGCGGGAGGAGAAGGAGUGGAUGAACAGCUACCACAAGUCUGAUGCGAAGGCGAUGGACUACGCUCUUCCGGACGGUCACAAAAUCAAGAUCGGCCAGGAACGUUACCGUGCGCCUGAGAUCCUCUUCGAUCCCGAACUCAUCGGCCUCGAGUAUCCCGGUGUGCACCAGAUCGUGCAGGACGCCAUCACCCGCACAGAUCUCGACCUGCGAAAAUCGUUAUACCUCAAUAUUGUGCUUUCUGGGGGUUCAACGCUGUGCAAGAACUUCCCUGAUCGGUUGAUGCGCGAGAUCAAAAAACUAGCAGUCGAGGACAUGAAGAUCCGCAUUUCUGCGCCUGCUGAGCGCAAGUACACCACAUGGAUUGGUGGUAGCAUUCUUGCCGGGCUGAGCACGUUUAGAAAGAUGUGGGUAAGCGCAGACGAAUGGCACGAGGACCCCGAGGUGAUCCACAAGCGAUUCGCAUAA